AUGCCAGCUCCUAGGUCCGCAAGGUCCGCAAGGUCCGCAAGGUCCGCAAGGUCUGCAAGGUCCGCGAGGUCCGCCGCAUCAGUCGCCAGCGCGGCUGCUGGUCCGGCGAAUCUUGGUGGCAACGGAGGCACUGCAGGAGGAACUCCACCGACAAUACAGAACGGCUGGUUCCCGGCAUUUAAGAGAGAAUACAAGCAGCAACGCUACAACAGAGGUCUGCCAUCGAACAAGCUCAGGAGGAAGGUCGAUGAGCUACAAGAGACAAGCGAUGAGCUCAGCUUCACCAACAGCCGUCUUCAUACCAGGGUCAACGACCAGAAGACGGAGCUGGAGCGACUGCGAACAGAAAGCGCAAAACAGCGAACAGCCCUUGCGCGCAUCACUCAGACCGAAGAAGAAUUCCAGUGGAGGCUGAAAGGGAUCCUCUCGAAUCUCAUGGACAAGAUUUCCGGCAACCAGGCCGAUUGCGGCAUAGUCGAGUACCUGAGGGAAGUCCACGACUAUCAGCACGCCAGAGCGGAGGAGGUCAUGACUUACCUUACCCGCGCAGCGCCAGAUCUGGCGCAGGCCUUGCAGGAGAAGAGAGCAGAACUGGACAGCCAACCUGUUAGCCAGGGGGAACGGAACGUCAGCCCGAAUACUAGCCCACCGAUCCCCAUGCUCGAAGGGCACAGAUCGCUGACCCACAGCUCUUCAAGAAGUCCUGAACCAGGCCCAUCACGGAAGAGGUCGGGGACGGAUUCUGAUACGGAAAGCUUGAGAGAUAUCCCUGCGGGACUAGACUACGACUUCUGGGAUGGGAAGGGUGAUAUCGACGAGGCGUGCACCGACCCGGGCCCGUGA